AUGGGCCCGAAGCAACAGCCAGCCCCUUCUACUGCGGGAGCCUCCCUCACCGCGUCCGAGCUGCGUUCCUUGGUCGAGCUCAGCAAGCGGGCGGGAGACACGGACGGUGCAAAGAAGUGGCAGGCAGUUCUCGACAAAGUUGAACCACCUCCUGCGGCUCAAGAACCUGUUCAAGCUCGAGCUUCCAAGGCACACUCCAAGGUCCAGCAGCUUGAGAGAGUCCUGGCCAGGGAGCUCGGUAAGCUCGACAAGGCGAGAGAGUAUUUCGAGUCGCAGCAGGAGAUUGUUAGGAAUACCAACGACGACCUUGACAAGGCGGACGCGGACUACAAGCAGAUCGUCGCAGAACUGGCUGGAGGGAUUGUUCCACGUGCACCAAAGACGCCCGACGGCAACACGAAGCUGCUCAAGCUGGAAGAUAUUGUGUCGGGCCAGGCUAAAGCGUUGGAUUUCAUCGACGCGUCCUCGCUCUUCACGAUCGACAGCGAUGUAUAUGUGGUCACCCCCGAGGAUCAGCGGAUCUUGGAUGAGCGCAGGGACACGCUCAACACGCAGUUGCAGGAGAUUGCCGCGCAGCUGUUCUCGGGGGCGAUGGACAAGGCCAGCGAACUCAAGAAGGUUCGGUACCACCGUGUAGUGAUCAGCCUGGUGCUGCUGCUCAACCUCAAGUAUCUCCUGAUGAAGUCGCCGUCGGAGGAGCAGAUGACGCUGAGCUUGACGAACCUGAGGAUGCACGGUCCAGGGCAAAGAAGGCCAUGGCAGUGCCAGUGCAUGUCCCAGUACCAGACUUGCACGAAGUGA